AGCGAGUUCAUUUUAUUUACUUGUACAAUUAUUCAAACCUUAUCCACCAUUGAUCCACAUAUCUCCACCACUCACCCAGUCUUCAGAACCCAAUACAGCCUCUUUCUCAUAAGAGUCAGAUUGGCGUGAAGAACAAAAUAAGCUAUGGCGAUGGCUUCUUCAUCUGCAACUUCAAGAGUCUCCUUCUCAUCCCAUGUCCCCCAACCCAACCCUCCCACUCCUCUGAUACCGAAACCCCAUCACAUUUCUUACCCACUUUCCCAUCUCCUCCAAAAACCCAUCUCCAUUCACAGCCGUCCACAGCUACCUCUAUCAAGAUCCAUAGAUGUCUCCCAAGAAGACAAACCCACCUGGCAGGAACCGAUUCUGCCUUCAGAAGCUCCUGAUGAGGAUAAUUUGCCCACAGAGAGUGAAAGCUUUGAUGCAAGGAGAUUGGAGGAGAAGUUUGCUGUCCUAAACACUGGGAUACAUGAGUGUAGGUCGUGUGGGUACAAUUACAAUGAGGCAAUUGGGGACCCUUCAUAUCCCAUUCCUCCCGGGCUGCCCUUCGAUAGGAUGCCGGAGGAUUGGAGGUGCCCUACUUGUGGGGCUGCCAAGAGCUUCUUCCAGAGCAAGAGCGUGGAGGUUGCUGGUUUUGCCCAGAAUCAACAGUUUGGUUUUGGUGGUAACACUCUCACAUCUGACCAGAAAGCUUUCCUUAUCUAUGGUGGUUUGUUCUUUGGAUUUUUGGUCUUCUUGUCUGGGUAUUUUCUGCAAUAGUUGUUUGAGGAGUCAAUUACUCUAUUGUUUUAGAGGAUUGAAUGAAUUCUCAUCCUCCACAUUGUAUAUUUUUUACAUUUCUUUGUGUUGUUAUAUGAGAAGGGGAAUGGUUCCAUAUAUGAGUACAAAUAGUCUUAUACGCCUUAUACGAAGUUUAUAUAUUUUAUAUAUACUUUAAAAGCAUAGGUAGCAUCAGAAUUAGUUUUCUAGAAACAAAUAGUCUCUCUCAGUCUCUAAAAAACAGCUUCUGAGAGCAUUCUAGAGCACCCAAAAACACAUUCACCUAAACACGUCUUGAAAGAGCAGAAUCAGUUUUAAAAAGUAGAUCCAAACAUCCACGAUUGUUUGCUUCAAAGCUUCACUAGAGUGGAGGAAGCUGACGGCAGAGACGAAUGGCCUUGGAUCUUGCAACGCUUCUCAAUUGAACUCUCAAUUCGCUGUUACUUUGGAUGAUCGUUGGCGACAAUAUUCGUCUUCUUCAGCGAGCUGGAGGUGGCCACUACCUGUUGUGGCAUAAAAACUGAGAGCAGGAACCAGAUAAGUCUUCUUCCUCCUCCUUGGUGUGAGUGGUGUGCAUGAGCCUAAUUGUUAGGUUGGACGCUUCCGGUGGCAAAGAAGAAGUGGUUCACUGGAGCUGCAAUUCGAAGAAUUAAGGCUGUGAAAUUAGUAAAAGCUGAUAUGUUAGAGAUGACAACUGCACUGAGCAGUGAGCACCUAAAGGAAGAAGAUGUGCUGAACUGCUGAUACCGUGCAAGUCAAUUUUCAAUUUUCUUCAUUGUUUGUUUAGUUUAAUCUUUCUUUCUUAUUUCCUUAUUUGUUUUUUUUAAACAUUGAAUCAACUCUAUCUUCUAGCAUAUUGUCAAGUACUCAAGUGGUGGCUUUAAUGACACUGCAAUUUCGUUUGAAAAGUAAAAACGUAUGGUUUUGUGAAAUUUUAUUUGACAGCAUUAUGCCAUUAUCA